CACUUAUCGGCCAGGCCAUAUUUUUCGUCCAAAGCUUCAAGCAUUGCCUCGACCGCGAAGCGACGUCGCAGCAACAAUCGGCGCUCAUUGCAAGCACAUCGUCCUGCGCCGCUUGUUCUUGACUGGCCCAGAGCAGCCCUCCUUUUACCGGGCCCCCGUCCCAACCCCCGAUCAGCUCCCCACGCACAGCCCGAUCGCCCGCCAGAGCUCCCGAUGCCGUUGCGGAUAUAAUCACCGCAAGCUGUCACAGCAGGACGACCAUGACGGACAGCUCAUGAAAACCUUAGGUCGAAUAGACGGGUCGGUCUACGGCGCGAUACUCAGCGGUCGACCCUCGUCAGCGAGCAGGUAUGCGGCACUCUGCACGUCACCAGGUAGUGCGGAGCCUGGUCGCGGCAGGGCGAGGCUGUACCACGCCGCCUGCCGUCCGGUCAGGCCUGGUCUUGGGUCGACCGCCGACUCAACGCAGUUCAGACCGUGGCACAUCCAUGGCCACAACGUCCGCCCGCCCACUUGCUGCCAACUUCUUUACGCGCCAGCACCCCAUCACCGCAAGACGAAACCACGCAGCUCAUGCUGCUGCCUCAAGCCCAAUCUACAACUCACGCCGGCCUUCGGAUCACAGAGAACAUCAGCUGAGGCACCACCCGCUGCCACGCUCAAUGCCCUCGACCCGCGAGCUCCUGGACUUUGUCGACUACAUUGACGACGACACAGUCGAGGACCAUCUCGAAUUCCUCAAUGAUCCGUACAGACACAGACAUGCUGUGGCCGAUGGGCCCAAUAUCACCAUCUCGGACGACCCUGAAGACGUCAACAUGCAAAGCUACAAUCAGUACCAAGUACAGGAUCCUGACCAGAUGCGACGAGUAGAGGACCUAGCCGACGGCGUUUUACAACGGCUCAGCAAACCCAACAGUAUCACCUUGGACGAAGUAUGGGCUCUGUACCAGAGUAUCCCCCAACCUCGGGUGUCGCCUCUGCCCGCCAGCCUUCGGCAUGCACUGCUGGCAGCUCUUGGCCGGGUCUCUAGAAAGAACUACAAGAACAUGCUCCGCUAUCUCGCCGUCAUUGGGGAUGUCAAGACUGCUGGCUUCGCCCUCCAGCCGUGGGAAUGGAACACGGCAAUGUCUUUCGCCAGUCGUUAUGUUGCGACAACGUCCGCCGUGGAACUCGAGUCCGCUAUCCGCACGUGGGAAGAGAUGGAGAGGGUGUCUGGCGUGACUGCCACUGACGUGACGUUCAACAUCUUGUUCGACGCUGCGUCCAAGGCAGGCUGCUUCAGCUUGGCCGAGAUGCUCUACGAGGAGAUGUUGCGGCGGCAUCACCGAUUUAGUCGCUACCACCAUGUCACACUGAUCCAUUUCUUUGGGCUCAAAGGUGACAGCAGCGGCAUCCGGGCAGCAUACCGGGAGAUGGUGAGAUCAGGCGAGAUCAUCGACUCCAUCGUUCUCAACUGCGUUAUUGCAGGCCUUCUGCGAUGCGGAGAAGAGUCGUCUGCCAUGGAGGUGUACGAGAAGAUGAAGGCCAGACAUAUCCGGAGCAAGAACAUCCCUGAUCGGAACUACAGGCUGCAAAAGUCCAUCACCAAGGUCCUUAUGAUGUUCGCCAAGGUCGGCAAAACAUACCCAGACAUGCAUCCAAACUUCCAGAAGUCCGCCUUGCUGGCGCCGGACUUCUCCACCUACCGAAUCAUGAUCAAUCAUUACGGCGUGGUAGUCGGAGACCUAUCCAAAGUGGCCCAAUUCCUCGACGAGAUGAAAUGGUUUCGGGUUCCGUUACACGGGGCGAUAUUCCUAGCCCUCUUCAAGGGUUUCUCCGUCCACGGUGGCGAAUCCGGCGACUGGACCGCAAAGCGUCUACAGAGCGUGUGGGAAGCCUUCCAAGAGGCUAUGGAUACGGGCGCCGGCGGCCUCCACAUCAGCACCUGGAUGGCGAUGUACAUAUUGCGCGCCUUCUCGCUCGUGUCCACGCGCGAGGAGAUGCUCGACAUCUACGAGGCGCUCCGGUCGCGGUGGGAUCUUGAUGCCGCCAACACCAAGUUCAUGCUCGACUUCUUCGGCCGCUUGGUGGACAGCAAGAAGACUCAUGCCCUCAAGGGCCUCGGCACGAGACACACUUAUCUCGCUCCAUGAAGCAUUACCUAAGCCAUUGGGUGGUUGGUUGGUUUGCUUGCCCCCUUCACCUUACUACAUUCUUCCUCGUUGUCAUGAGUCGGCAUCUUUGUCUCCACUAGCAUUGGUUGGGUUUUUACAUCGGGUCAUGAGGUUUUCUUGUUGUACAUAUAGAUAUAUCCUGGGCAUGAGAUCAGAGCAUUGGGUCGGCGCGGCUUUUCGACGUUGAGGCGGAUGGAUGUAUAUAACUGUACCAUAUUGUGACUAUGAAAUAAUGCAUCAAAUUCAUGAAAUAGAAC